GAAGAGUCAACAUCAGUCAUCUAAAGGCUUAAUUAGAAUAACAACAAGGAACCAAGUACCACCAUGAGAGAAUAUAAAAUUGUAGUUUUGGGAAGUGGAGGUGUAGGUAAAUCUGCUCUGACAGUUCAGUUUGUACAGGGAAUAUUUGUAGAGAAAUAUGAUCCUACUAUAGAGGACAGUUAUAGAAAGCAAGUAGAAGUAGAUGGCUGUCAAUGCAUGUUAGAAAUAUUAGAUACAGCUGGAACUGAACAAUUUACUGCUAUGAGAGAUCUGUAUAUGAAAAAUGGUCAAGGAUUUUUAUUGGUUUAUUCUAUUACUGCUCAAUCAACUUGGAACGAUCUCCAGGAUCUUCGAGAACAAAUUCUCAGAGUUAAGGACACAGAUGACGUACCAAUGAUCCUGGUAGGUAAUAAAUGUGAUUUAGAAGAUGAGAGAAUGGUGGGUAAAGAUCAAGGUCAGAAUUUAGCUCGACAAUUUAACUGUGGAUUUUUAGAAACUUCGGCUAAAGCGAAAGUCAACGUCAGUGAGAUAUUUUGCGACCUAGUACGUCUUAUAAAUCAGAAAAACCCAGAAAAAGUUGCUCGAAGAAAAAAGAAGUCGAGUGGUUGCUGUUUAUUGUAAGAAUUGUGGACUAUUUUAAUCUGAAGAUCGGAUGAUGAUGAUAAGAAAUAAUACCUGAACAUUCAUUGAAAAAAAUAACACUGACAUCUGUGGAAAACUGGAAAUAUAAGAUUUAAGAGAUUUGCGAAAAUAUAACUAAAAAAAACGUAAAAAAAUAUUUUAGAUGUUAAGAAAUUUGUGGAGGUAGAACUGCGUAUUUUUUCAAUCCGUGUAUAAAACUAUUCUGAUAUCUGUGGAAAUAAAAAAUUGAAGACAUUUGUGAAAAAGAUAUCGUAAAAAAAAAGUCAAAAAAUUUGCAUAUUUAUAUGGAGGUAGAACUAAAAACUUUUUCAUUUAUUGAUGCAUUCAGUUUUACGAGAAUUAUUUACCAUCAUUUGUUUUAUUUAAAUAAAUCACGACCAAGACUUCGAUAGAAACUUCCAAUUUUGAUCAAGGCUUUGUACAUAUUUUACUGGGCAUUAGAUAGUUUGGAAUGGUUCUAGGCUGUUACUAUAAUAGUCUUGAUUAUUCAGACUCUUGUCUCUUAUACUACUUGAUAAUG